AUGCCGGCUCCAAUAGCAAAAGGCGGUCGGGGCGAUAACGAGACCGUUGGUAUCCUGCUGGACCGCUGUCGUAGCUAUCAUAACCGUCGAGCACUGCUCUAUGGCCAACCUUUUUUACCUUUCUUUCGACCCUCUCUUUUUAACAUUAGUGUUUGUUUUACGAUCCAUUUGCUGAUUACUCCAGGCAUUAUCAUCACCGUCUCCGUUCUCGUUGCAGCCGGGAUCGCCAUCUACGAAAGCCCCCAGUUUCGAAGAUGGGUGAACAACUCCCGCCGGAAGGUAGCAUUUGCCCUCUACAACUUGGGAGAUGAAAUCCACCCCCGUGAUGUCUCGCCCGAGGAUAUUUCCAUGACAGAGGAGGUGGGCGAAGCAGCGGAGGAACGCAGGCGGAAAGCUCGUGAGGAGAUCAUGCAGCGGCGUGCACUGCUGGAGGCUCGUCGGAGGAGGCAGUCUUCCGGUGCAAUGGUUAGCUUUGAUUCUCUUGUGGAUAAAGACGGCCGCUUGCGAUCAGAUCUCGGGGAUCUCGAGCCAACCGCUCAAUCUACAGCGUUGGACACGGGAGACUCCAAGGCAGUGUUGAGACACAGCGGGCAGCCAGGACCCAAUGCCCUCACGGAAGGACGCCUGCAAGCACAGCGGGAACUCCUCGAGCCCACGGGCCGCGAUCGGCUUCAUCUCACACUGCCAUCGGAGACAUCAUCCCAUUAUCCAUCCGAGUCUUUGGUGGAUUUGACUCCAACCUCCGAAGUUCCCGAUGCGGACGCAUUUGCCUCAGUCCACUCCGCUCGGUCGCCGCACGAGCCGCUUGCUCAAUCAGAGUACUUUUCGACAGUUUCAUCAAACCAUUCUGAAGCGGACACCUUGGAAUACUAUUAUGCCCAUCCAAAUCAGCCUGCCCAGGCUCCGUCGAAUCCAUUUGACCAUCCUCAGGACCACGACAUAUCUACCGCAUCAUCCAUGCCAGGAAGUCUCAGUCACAUCGGCCGGGAGUUGACGGACGCUUCGUCCGAUGGCACGUUGAGCGAAUGGGGACAUGCGACCGAAGGCAUUGCUACUCCGGCCAGCUGGUCUGAAGUUGGCAGUGUAGUCAGCAGCGAUGAUGCUCACCAUCACCAAGCAUGA